UUAGAAAUAAAUAUUUUAACUUUUUACACAGUAGAGCAAUUAUCUUGGCUAGCAAAAUUCUGGUUUGUUUAGCCUUUAACAAACGUAACCAUGGAGGACUAUGAUUAUCAGCUAAUGCAAGAUUUCAUGUUAUACUUGGAUCUUUGCAAAAAUCCCGAUUGUGUUUUCGAUAGAGGCUCCCCAUACAUCACAGUCACACGACUUUGGUUGGAAAAACUUUGCCGUUACGAGUGCGAAAACAUGGACGAUCGUCGAAUGCGCAAUAUAUACAUGAGUCAUCUUGUAUCAUGUCUGAACGGAAAGAAGCUUCUAGGUCCAUUCCUGCUUAAACCACCAGAUGGCAAGCUUGAGGAGACAGACUUUCUUCGAGAUCAUUGUGCUCCAGCUGGUUCGCAAGGCGGUGGAAUGGGAUCAGUACCAUGUUGCCCACUACCAAAGCCCCCAUCGCGCAAUUCUAGUAACAUAUGCGGAUUUAUGACUCAACAUAUUGAUACACCCAAAUCAAUAUUCGAUAAUGAUGGUAAGCUUAAAGACCCUCAUGGUUAUGGGUCUAAAGAAAAAGAUGGUUUAAGUGAUGAAUGGAAUUCUAACAUAAGUGAACUGCUGUCCGCAAUUUCUUCAGAGUUACGAGGUGAGAUGCAACCGGACUCCAACAAAUAUCUUGAAGCAGAGUUAAAACGUUAUAGUGAAUAUUUGCGGUCUACUAGUAAGAUUCCAAUGAAAGGGUACAAAGCAAUGUAUUCUCGAACAUAUCUUUUGGUUCAAUUACGAAAUGAUUUAUUAAAGCUGAUCAAUUGAGACCCCUUAGGAAAACAAACAAUUUUGGUUCAUUGAGCACCAAAAUUGCUGCCUUCAUUGGCCUGGUUAUGGAAAAGGUUUAAACAAACACAAAUUCGAAUAUUCAAAAUUUUAAAUGAUCAUUAAAUCCCAAAGCGUAGUAAGUAGUAUAUUUAGUUGUCUGCUAAUAAAUCUAUAAUAAAAUCCGUGCAUACAAUUUUA